CCGAUAAACGAGUUCAAACGAUUGAGUAUAAAAUCUACUCGCCCAGCGUCUUUGACUUCUAAUAGGAAUCAUCCACUGUCUCGGGCUCUGGUCGAUCGUUUCGAUACUUACGAAUCGAUCUUCAUCGUGCCAGCCUAGUGUCUUAUCCAUUUCGAAAACUUUCUUCGUUAUUGUGAGUGAAAAAUUUCUCAAUUUUAGUUUCCUAGUUGUCAGUGUAUGUUCAAUAAAUUAUUAUUCUUUAGUCUUAUGGUAUGAAGAAAACGAUAGAAUGGAGAUACAUAACAAGAAAGACACGAAGCAGUGGCCACAGUAUCUCGCAGCUAUAACUGGUACAAUAUCCCUGGCGAUAACUGGUUCGCACAUCGGUUGGACAUCUCCGAGUCUUCCCUAUCUAAAAUCUAAUGCCUCAUCAAUUCCCCUGAGCUCAGAUGACGCCUCCUGGAUUGCCUCCUUUUAUCUCCUAGGCACAAUCCCAGGAAGUUUGAUCGCAGCCCUUAUCGUAGAUCGAUAUGGCCGUAAGGCUAGUCUUUUGCUAUCAGGCUUGCCCCUGCUAACCGGCUGGAUUCUAAUAAUCGUCGCUCGGAAGCCUUACAUUCUCUAUGCAUCUCGAUUCAUCAGUGGCGUUGGCCAGGGGGUGGUCUACGUCGUUUGUCCUAUGUACAUCGGAGAAAUAGCAGACAAGAACAUACGCGGCACCCUGGGUUCAUUCAUCAAGCUGAUGGUAACCUUCGGAGAACUUUACGCUCACGCCAUCGGUCCAUUUGUACGCUACGAAUAUCUUGCCUAUUCUUGCGCUGUUAUCCCCCUCCUCUUUUUCGUAACCUUUGCCUUUAUGCCGGAAUCCCCGUAUUAUCUCAUGAUGAAGAAUGACCGAGCGGGAGCUGCUAGGAAUCUCCAACAACUGAAGCAGUACAGUGAUUCUCCAGAGAAUAAUGAAGCCCUCGAGGAGAAUCUCGAUCAAAUCGCCAAGACAGUCAUCAGGGACAUGACCAACAGGGGACACUUGUGGGAUCUCUUCGACACCAAAGGCAAUCGAAGGGCUGUAAUCAUCAGUUUUGGACUUCAGAUUGUCCUUCAGUUCUCUGGACUGGCCGCUAUAGAAUCCUACACUCAGGAGAUCAUCGGUGAGAGCGACUCGGGAUUGUCACCAGGAAUCGUGGUGAUAAUUCUGAGUGUAGUUCAAUUGAUCGCCGGCAUCGGUGCUGCUCUUCUCGUCGAUAGACUUGGCAGAAGACCUCUUCUCCUCAUCACCACUUUUUUCUCCGGAGUCUCCUUAACAAUCGCCGGCAUGUUCUACUUCUUCAAAUUCUUUCUGAAGAUGGACAAGGAAUUGAGGGACAUUGGAUGGGUUUUGGACGUUUCAGUUAUAUGUUACGAGUUGAGUGUUGCUUUGGGCUUGAGCCCUUUGUCAUACAUGAUGCUUGGAGAAUUAUUUCCGACUAAUGUCAAAGGCAUUGCUGUAUCACUAGCAUCACUCUGGGCUUCCUUACUGGCAUUCAUAGUUUCGAAGAUGCAUCAAGUGAUUACCGAUAAUUGGGGGAUUUACACUUCUCUGGGAGGAUUUGGUGCUUCUUGCUUUGUCGGGAUUAUUUUUAUAUUCUUCUGGGUUCCGGAGACAAAGGGUAAGUCGUUGUUUGAGAUUCAAGAGGAGCUCAAUUGCUCCAAAACAGAGAGGAACAAGAGGAGAGAGAAGGCGGCUACUAUUGAAGACGGGGUCUUCACUGACAUGCAUGUCAGCAAUGUUUUCUGAGGUUUUUUUUAUCGAUUUCCAAUUUAUUGCACGAUGGCGUAAAUUUUUUUCAUUGAAAAUGAGUUUAUUAAUGUUUUCGGCAGAUUAAAUUAGCCCCUCUUUCUCUAUUAUUUAUAAGGCGAUAAUGCUAGAGUAAAGUUUUUGAAUUUCUGCAUUCUUUUUUUUCGCAGAAUUUUUAAGAAGAUCAUUCAAUAUCGUUCCUUGAACUUUUAAAAUUUUUUCACUCCAUUGAUUUUAUUUAGUUGGUUUUUUCAAUGAAAAAAAUUGAUGCUAAAACACAGUUAUGACGACUGAGCUUUCUCCAAAUGGAUCAAUUAUUCCCCCUUUACAUAAUCAAAAAAAAAACAUGAGCGAAGUAUCGUUAGUUGAAUCGUAAAAGUAACCAUUUCAAGAUUCUACAAUUAGCGUUUUUUUUCUGCGUACGUGCAUACUAUUAAUGACGUUGUUGAUACUACUCAAUUACCGAGUUGUAAAUCCGGAAAAAUAUAGCGACCGUGAAACGGUAUUAGACCAUUUGAGAUUGAAUAACUAGAGCAGUUGUACGUAUUUAGAAAAACGUGGUUUAUUACUCUAAUUAAUCAAUCUAAUAGAAUAAUCGAUAACGGCCACUACCAUGUUACCAACAGCUUACAUUGUGUGCAGAGCAAUUCCGCAUGACCAUCUUCUCAUCCCUUUAAGGCAGGGUGUAAGAAUAUUGAGACUGAUAAUUUGUAAUUAGUCGUUAAGUUAUUUAUUUAUCAUCGAUAACAUCUAUAAUUUUUUUAAUGGAAUUAUCGACGAUUAUAUCAAGAUCUUUUUUGUUCCCUUUGAGGCAGGGUCCAACAAAACGACUGAAACACAUGUUACUUAACAAUUCUCUUCUAGUAGUUUGAGAAUUACGUGGUCCGCCCCUUUCGCACGGAAUUUGAAUUUCAUUGCAAUAGCUCGUAGGUUUUAGAUUAUUGAUAUUAUUAUUAUUAUUAUUAUUAUUGGCGAGCAAUCUUGCAUGACUAUCCCUUUGAAGCAGGGUGAGACAAUUAUAAAAUAAACUGAGUAUCUAUGUGCAGAUGUUUUCGUGUAGUAUAUUGCUGAGAGUUUGCCAAAUUAUAACUAUUGUUCAUGGAUUUAGUUCACUUGUACUUUGCAUGUGCCUAAAUGUGUAUUAUUGAUUGAAAUAUGAAAAAUAAAUUGUUAAUGUCAGCAUGAAA